AAUUUUGCAAUACUUCGGCUCGAAGCUUGUAACGAUUCGGAGGUGUAUCAGGCCAGGCUCUGCUCUGCACCGCUCAGAAAUUUCGCGUUGUUUUAGUGAGCGGCACGAGUGAGUGAUAAAAAUUGGAUCGCGAAUUAAGACAGGAAUUCGAAAAACAACAGAAUACCUUAAAUCGCUUUUAAGUGGAUUUUAAUUGACGCCUUGUUGUGAAUUGUCAUCUGGUUUUUGGCUUCGACCAGUGCGGUUUAUGGGAUCGUUAACGGGAAUGCAUAUAUUAAGAUCGUGGCUUUCGCUGCUCAUUCUUGGCACAUCGGGAAUGGUUGCGUCUGCCCAGUAUUUUGCUUACGCGCCCGGAAAAUGCGACAUAUCCAUUUCAGAUGUAAUACAGGCCAUGAUUAACACCGAAGCUGGCAUCAUCCUGGGAAGACCCCGCCCAACGCAAUCCAAACUGCUGCAGUACGAUCUCUAUACUCCUCUUAAUCCGGAGGAGCGCCAGUUUCUGCGACCAGGAGAUAUCAGCAUGCUACAGAACUCGCACUUCAAUCCUAAAUGGCCAGUGAGAGUUUCUAUACAUGGCUGGGCGGGAAAGAGUACUUCCUGUUCAAAUGCCGCCAUCAAGGAUGCCUACUUAUCCCGUGGCAACUACAAUGUCAUAAUUCUAGACUGGAGUCGCCAAGCCUUGGAUAUCAGCUAUCCGCGUGUGUCCAAGCAGCUUCCUUCAAUAGCUGCCAAUGUGGCCAAAUUGCUGCGAUUUUUGCAUGAUAAUACAGGAGUUCCUUACGAGCAAAUCUACUUGGUGGGUCACAGUGCCGGCAGUCAUAUCUCGGGGUUGACCGGAAAGUAUUUGAAGCCACAGCGAUUGGGUGCUAUUUUUGCCCUGGACCCCGCAGGCCUUACUCAACUGAGCUUGGGACCCAAGGACCGGCUGGACGUUAAUGAUGCCUUGUAUGUGGAGUCCAUUCACACGGACCUAACGCUACUGGGCAAUCCGAGCACCAAGCUCAGCCACGCCUCCUUCUUCGCCAACUGGGGCCUGGGGCAACCACAUUGUCCCAACGCCACGGCCACGGAGUUUGACUUUGUGUGCGACCACUUUGCGGCCAUGUUCUACUUUGCCGAGUCAGUGCGUCAGCCCAAAUCAUUUGCCGCUUUGCGCUGCAGCACGGCUCAAUCGGUGCUUUCGGCCACCUGCAACUGCAGCGGCAAUGGUAGCCGAAAACAUGCAGCUCAAAUAUGCAGUGGCAACGAGUUCAUGGGCGGUGAACCGGCGGUGCCCAAGAGGGGUAUCUUCUAUCUAAGCACACGACCACGAUCUCCGUACGGCACCGGCGAUGGACUAGUCCACAUUCGACGACCACGGCCGUCCACAGUUCGGGAGACGGCGAGACGACCAUUACUUGGAUAGAAGUUGAUCAGAAGCGAGUGAAGAGAAUUGACCAAAAAGUGAUUUAGCCUUUACUAAAAGCGAAAUGCCCAAAGAAUACGAAUAAAGCAGAGAUUAUUUUACAAUUGAGUUCAAUA